CAAUGGCAGAGGCCUGAGGUCUCCAGGCAGUAGGGUGUGGCAUCGGCCGCUACUGCAACUAGAGGCCGGCUAACGUCGGGCCAAUCAGAGUGAGGAGGUGGGAGGGGACUAGCCAAUCAGCGCGCAGGAUAGGCGAGGCUCGGGGCUGAAGAGUCUCGCGCGGACGCCGCGGGCUCGCCAGCUCCUGUCCCGGGCGUCAGGCGUGCGGAGGCGACUGAGGAGGCGGGAAGGCGGCAGUGGUUGAAAGGGAAGAAGGGGCGCUUGCCGAUUUGCUGGGAGGAAGACCGCGGGAGCGGGCCGUCAUGGUGAUGGCGGCGAAGAAGGGCCCGGGGCCGGGUGGCGGGGUCGGCGGGGGGAAGACGGAGGCGGAGGCGGCGUCGGAGGUGUGGUGCCGCCGGGUGCGGGAGCUGGGCGCCUGCAGCCAGGCCGGGAACCGCCACUGCUUCGAGUGCGCCCAGCGCGGGGUCACCUACGUGGACAUCACCGUGGGCAGCUUCGUCUGCACCACCUGCUCCGGCCUCCUGAGAGGCCUGAACCCCCCGCAUCGAGUCAAAUCCAUCUCCAUGACAACCUUCACCGAGCCUGAAGUCGUAUUCCUGCAGUCCCGUGGAAACGAGGUUUGCAGGAAGAUUUGGCUGGGUCUUUUUGAUGCUCGGACAUCUUUAAUACCAGACUCCAGGGAUCCUCAGAAAGUAAAGGAGUUUCUCCAGGAAAAAUAUGAGAAGAAGAGAUGGUAUGUCCCCCCAGAUCAAGUCAAGGGGCCCACUUACACCAAAGGCAGCGCCUCUGCCCCUCUCCAGGGCUCCGUCCCGGAAGGGAAGCCUCUGCGGUCACUUCUGGGGGAUCCUGUGUCAUCUCUUCCCGCUGAUGCCUCCACCUCUAGCCAGUCUGCUAGCCAGUCUCGGAUGUCUCAGCCCCGGAGCGCCCAGCCGCCUCCCCACUCCUCGGUCAAGAAAGCCAGUACCGACCUGCUGGCUGACAUUGGUGGAGACCCCUUUGCUGCUCCCCAGACAGCACCAUCAUUUGCUGCAUUCCCAGCCUUUGGGGGGCAGACACCUUCCCAUGGGGGCUUUGCCAACUUCGAUGCCUUUGGCAGUAGCCCCAGCUCUUCGGCGUUUGGAAGCAUUCCUCUGGCUCGCCAAACCCCAUUUCAGGCCCAGCCAGCAGCCACAGCCAGUGGGAUGCUAACUGGAAGUUACAGCUUUGGGAGCAGCCAGGUGACUCCAUUUGGUGCCUCCCCUCUUGCACCUGCCAGUCAGCCCAACAGCCUCCCAGAUAUGAGCGGCCUCCUGGGACCUGGGGCAUCAGCUGGAGGCCUCCCUAGCAGCAUCUUUGGGAUGACCAGCCAGGUCCCCACACUCCAGUCGGCCCCAACUGGCGGAGGUGGCGGCGCCGGGCUUGCCUUUGGAGCCUUCACCAACCCUUUCACAGCACCUGCUGCGCACCCUCCGCUGCCUUCCACAAACCCAUUCCAGCCCAAUGGUUUGGCCACAGGACCUGGCUUUGGGAUGAGCAGCGCUGGACCUGGCUUCUCCCAGGCAGUGCCACCCCCCGGGCCCUUUGCCAGCACCUUCCCGCCACCCAUGUUCUCCCUGCAGACCUCGAUGACUCAGCAGCAGAAUGGAUCUUCCUUCAGUGACUUGGGACCAGCCAAGCUGGAACAGAGGCCACUCAGCCAGCCAGCGGGCAUCUCCACCAAUCCCUUCAUGCUGUUAAUAGGCAAUGUUGGAAAAGAACUGCAUUUGAAAGAAAAAGAAAAUGGCACUCAGUCUUGUUUGGGGCCAGCUGAGUGCCCUCACAUCCAUCAGCAUGCCUGCCCGGGUUGCUGUUAACAUUGCCUGUGAUGCUGCCUGCUGUUGGCUUGUCAAGGACAGCUGGCCCAGGACGGGACUCCUCGCCCAGCUCCUGUCUGAACUGGAGUCCGUGUUAGCGAUGGGAGGGAGCACCCAGAGCAGGGCCGCCUCUGCAGUGACAGGAGAUGGGUGGCGGUCAGCCACUCCCAGGUGCAUUCUCAGCCGCUCCCCAGACGGUUUCCACCUGAGGAUGUGGCAACAUCCUUGGUGUCUGUCUGUGUGGUGACAGACAGAUAGCUCGGGUUAAACACCUCACCUGACUGAGGCGAGGCCCAGCACUCAGCCUUCUGUCUGAAGAGGUUCCUCCCUUUUCCAAGUUCCCCGGGGACUCUUGGCCCUUUCGUUCUUGGGAUUUCUCUGGGUGUUUCUGCCCAGUCACCUUUAACAGUGUAACAGCAGGAAGAAACAGGUAUUGGGUUAUGGCUUUAUUCAAAGAAUUUCCUGAAAAUACUUCCAGCUGCUGCCAUUGGCCCAGCCAGGAUGGCUUCCCACCUUCCCACCCAUCCUGUCCUGUGCCUGUUUUCCUUCUCCCAGCUUCCCCUCCUCCCCUCUGGUGGGGUCUCCCAGGGCGGACCACUAUUCUUUCCCCCUGGAUUUAUUGUGUUCUGUUUCCUUUUAGUAUUUUUCUGUCACCCUUGACUAUCUCUCUGUCCUUCCUCCUGUCUCUUUGCUUAGAGCCAGGGAAGGGCAGCAGGAAAGCUGCUAUCUGUUGCUGUGUAGUAGGGGAAGAAGCCUUUCUUAUUUCCCCCCAGCUUUCUCUCUCCACCCACCCCUCCUUUCCUAAGCAAAAAUAGGUUUAGAGGUGAGAUUUAAAGAACCAGAAGCUGCAGUGAUUCUGACUGCAUGUUUCAGUCUCACUCCUGCUGUUUCCCAGGGACCUCCUUACUGCUUGGCUCCUGGGCCCAGCACCUCCCUGCAGUUCCUUUCCCUGCCUCCCAGUCACCCUGUCCCAUAGGGACUCCAGCCAGCUCGCUGCCAGAGCUGGCUGACCAGUCAGCCUCAGACCCCACGGCAGAGAAGUCGAGCUCCCCAGGCACAUGCCAAGACUAGGACUACAGCUGCCCUUGGCAGCUUGGCUUCCUCUCUCCAGGUGGCAAAGAAUGGAAAAAUCCCUCACCGGAUAGAAAACGUCUAAAUGACUGAGCUGUGUUCGUCCUGCCCUAACCCCUGGGGCAGCCCUGCAUGGCCCUGCCUGGUAGUUGUAAAUCGGAGCCCCACGCACAUACACCGUAGGGCUCCCACCAGGUUUCUGACCAAGUCCCUGACCAUUGCUAUGACCAUGCUCUGCAGACCACCCUCUGGUUUGGUUCUGUCCUUCAGCAGGUCAUCUGUGGGUGAGGAAGCAGGUGCAGGUCAGGCCAUGGUGGGAGAGGACUGAUGGAGGGGCUAAAUGUGUGGCGCUAUCCCUGCAUCACUCCACAGUGGAGCAGGAAACUGAAUGGAGGCGGGAGGGGCACAUGGAACAGCCUGGCCUUAGUUCUGCAGCCACUGCCUCUGGAUUCCUCUCCACCCCCACCCAUGGCUGUCCUGCACCUGCAGAGGGGUGCACAGGUGGACCCCUGUGGUUGGAGAAGUGUUCUCACCCAGCAGAGCUGAGGUUCUGCCAUUUCCUGUCCCUGGGGAGCCAUUAAGUUACCAGGGCAACAGGCUAGAAUAAAUCUCGUCCUGGUAAGGACAAGGGCAGUGUUGCUAGGGCAACUGAUUAGGCCAAUUUGACUCCAGGCUCUUUUUGUACCCAGCAGGCUAAGUCACCUGGCAUUGAUUACCAACCCAUCUACCUCUGCUGCUUACCCAGAACCCAGGCACUGAGAUCCCUGCUGCUUCCUGCUUUAUCUUCACCAUUUAAGGAGCUGCUCUCCGACAGCAGCUGUGAUUUCACAGGACAGGGUGUUGCCAGGUGGCUUGGCUGAUGGGGAGUGGAAAGGAGGAGUUUCAAAUCAAACCUAUGGGAAAAGGCUCCAGGCCAGGAAAGGCACUCCCUGCUCCUAAAAGCAGCACCCAGAUGGAAAGGGAGGGGCCUGCCGGUGGCUUUUUUGUCCCUGCCACUUCGCACAUUGGCCUAUGGCACAUAGAUGAGGACCACACUAGGGACUGGGUGGCCUUGAACAUACUGUUUCGGUGGCGACUUACAGACCACAUACCUGCCUCUCCCUGGCCAACACUGACCAAGAGUGGCAGCUACCACUGUCCCCAGUGCACACCCUGAGCUGCCAGCACCUCCUGCAUAUUGAUGGGCGUUGCUGGUGUGUGUGUGUGGGGCACCACCUGCCUUCUGGCUGGACACCCUCCCUCAGGAUGCUGGUUGGCUCCUGUAUCCCACUCCCAGUAUCACCCUUAAGAGGUGUUUAUGGGUACUAGCUGGCUUCCGUGCAUACUGCACCUUGGGCUCCUCCAGUUCUCCAGCCCCUGCUUUCCCGGCCUGGGAAAUGGGAAAGCUCUACUCGCUGCUCAGAAAAAGAAUCAGGUUCCCUUGCUUCAGCACUCUGUUACAUCUUUUCCUGACUGUGCCCCUCCCCAAACACCAUCUUUAAUGAAGGCUACACUUGCCCUCCUCCCCUCCCCUCUCCUCAUUUCCCCGCUUUAGGUAUCUUACUUUCUAUCAGAGGGAUAUCAUGAGGUCUUCUAAGGCCCAUUGGUGUCAACUGCUGGUUUGUCUUGUAGAGUGCACUGAGCAGUGUCAUCUUCCCACAAGUUAGUUGGUCCAUGGGAGAUCAGAAGUGAGUUGUCAAAAUGUUUGAAUUCCAGUCCUGGCUGGUAGCUCAGCUGGUUAGAGCAUCCUCGGAUACUCCAAGGUUGCAGAUUUGGUCCCCAAUCAGGGUACAUA